UAGUUUGUAUUUGUAUUCAUAAUUUCCUUUACUUGGUGCAGAUCAUUGGGAGCUUGCAGUCAGUACAGGAUUCAUUAUUUCAGAUUACAAACAGGCUUCGGGAGACAAUUUUUCCAUUUAAACCACCCUUUGCCCCUUCGCAUAUGCCUCCUCAUCGAGACAUGCCUCCACCUUUUCUCAGGCCAAUUCACGAUCCUUCUUCUCCAGGUUACUCUUCCCCAAGGGGCUUUCCCCGUGGCACUGACCAUGUUGGUAUACCGGGCAAACCUGUUGAACCUUGGCCUGCUUUGUCACGCUCUGUGGAUCGUCAUGGUCCAACAUAUCAAGACCAUGUUCCCUAUCCUUACGGCAGAGAGAGACGAGGACAUGGUCAAAGACUGUCCUCGCCAGGAAGAUGGACUUCUGAGGCUGUUGGCUCCGUAAAUGCAACAGGAGCUGCUGAUGUUGGAGGCAGCUUUGCAAACAGUAAAACUGCUGGGCCCCAUGCACCAAGCAUCACUAUUGAGGUGGUGAUUCCUCAGGCGUUGUUAGGUCAUAUUUAUGGAGAGAACAAUAAAAAUCUUGAUCAGAUAAGACAGAUGUCUGGUUCUAAUGUGGUUGUUCACGAUCCAAGACCCGGCGCUUCUGAAGGCACGGUCAUAGUAUCUGGAACGCCUGAUCGAACGCGCAUUGCUCAGAUACUUAUUCAUGGUUUCAUUCUAGCCGAGCAGAAUCCUUAAAUUCUUGGCUUGCUUAGUUAAGACUUGCGAGCCAAAUUGUACAGAGGUAGGGCAGCUUUGUUUUUAUCCAUCCCUCAGUGGUUUAUGCCUUUGAUUUUGAUCUGUUUUCUUCUGCACUUCUUUAUUUGUGCCUUGUUAAAAUGUUUGGUGCAAAAGUGCAGUGAUGUUGUUUCCCAACCUAUAAUACAAAAUCCGGACAAUUAAACGCUGAACCAAGCAUGUUCAGAAGAUGUUUAUAAUCUAUUUAAACGAGUUGUAAAUAAGUGGGUGAUACUUUUAGGUUUUAUGAAAUGUAUGGAUAAAAAGUGA